AUGUUUCUCCCAGGAACGACCCUCAACACAAUCCUUGAUACUAUCACCAUAGUGACUGUGGCAGUCUAUGGUGGCCUUAAUCCUGGCAAUCUUAUGGGUGGGAUAGAGAGGGGAAGUUUCUCCAUCAUCACGCUUCCAGUAGAAUCUGCGAACCUUGUACAUUUUAUACUUCGUUUGUCAGUGUUUAAAAUUGCGGAGGCUCCAGGGUUGCCUCCACCCUUGAUGAAUUACCAAUUACCGAAACUCAUUCCAUUCCAAAAUUGUUUGUAA